UUGAUCGUCGAUUUCCUAGCUACCGCGAUCGACUGUGAUCUGCACAGCAAACACAGCAACCGAGACUGAGCAGGGAAUAGAAGAAAGAUGAAAGUCAGACUGACAGUCAUCUCCACCUUACUCCUCAUCACUAACAAGAACCAAGCAAACAUCCACCAAGAACCUCAACUCAUCCUCAAUUCAAACCAACAACAAGAUUUCGUUGACGAUCGUCCCCCAGGAACUUAUCUCGGCUGGUCUAGCUGGAGCUUACAAGCCUACAGAGGAGAGGGAUAUGGAUUCUACUGGUUGACUGAGCGGAACGUUAAGGCCCAAGCUGAUAUACUCUCCAAAGAGUUCUCUGAAUUCGGGUAUGACCGAAUCAACUUGGAUUCUGGCUGGCAAGAUGCUGAACUCGAUGAAUACGGUCGAACGGUCCUCAAUACUCAAACUUUUCCUAAUGGAAUCCAUCAUCUACAGUCCUACCUAGCGCAAAGAAAUCUCAAACUAGGGUUAUACUAUCUGCCAGGGAUCGAUUCUCGAGCGGUACAAAAUCAAUAUCCGGUGAUGAAUACCGAAUACACGGCCGACCAAAUCAUUCAAUGUCCAAUAAUUCAUCACCCACCGGGCAGGAAACGACGUACGAACUGUCAGCGACCGAUGGCCAAUGCCUUCAACGCCGGCUAUCCCUUGAACUACAGCCAUCCAGGGAGUCAGAUGUACAUCAACAGCGUGGUGGAUGGGCUCUACAGCUGGAAUGUGAGCUUUGUGAAGCUGGAUGCUCUUGUCCCAGGAUCCUCGUUCGACCCAGCCGAUUACACGAAAUGCGACACCCGGGCGGAUCUUGCGGCGUGGCGGAGAGCUAUCGAUUCGCGAUACGAGGAGGAGUGGAAACACGUCGGUCGCGAGCGCAUCUGGCUAGUCGCCAGUUGGGCCAUCCCGACCAUCGAGGGUCCCACGAUGGACCUCAAUGCAGACAGCUGGCGGGUAGAACAAGACAUCGAAGCCUAUGGCGAGCGCAUGACCACCUUUGACCGCGUCAUUCGGAACAUCAAGACCGCCGCCCUUUGGACCUCGGUCGAAAAGAACCGUGCAUGGAGGGGUCUGAUCGACCUCGACUCCCUCCUCGUUAGCGAUAUGACUUACGAGGAAUCCAAGAGUACUGUCACUCUCUGGGCAGUCCUUGGCUCGCCAUUUUACUUGGGAGAUGACUUGACGAAGCUACCAGAGUCACGAAAGGCGCUAGUCAAGAACGUCGAAGUGCUCGAAGUGGCUCGCUUGGCAAGCUGGAACCCAGCUCGACUGGAGCGAUUCAACCAGACUCGACUCGAGAUAGCGCGUACAAAAUGGCAAAGUGGAACCCAAGUGAACAUCGAAGAUUGUAAGAAGCUGGUCGAGAAGCGACGGAUGGUUGUCGGACUCUCUCUCCAUCAGACAGUCGAUCCUAUACUCGAUCUUAAUCGAUGCUUGGAAAGUCAAAUCAGUCACUCUAGAUCUUUGCCCAUCAGUCAUACCCCUGCAUCCUCCCAUCUCGACACCCCGGAGCGCAGUGAAUGGAGUCUUCAGUUUUGGGUCUUGGAACACCAAGAUGGUGUUCUCUUCUUGGCCAUCGUCAAUGCCGGGGCUCAAAACAUGUUUGAUCUACCGGUAGAAGUAGAAAUCAAGUUGAGUGAGCUCGAAAGAUUUCAAGGAACCUGGUCCCCCUCAAAAGAAAACGAAGAAGAAAGAUGGUAUUUGGUGCGAGAUUUGUGGAAGAGAGAGACCCUUGGAAUGGUUAGUUUCGAAGGGAAGAUGAAGCUCAAGUUGGAUGUCCAUGACUCAGUCUUAUUCAGAUUCACUCCGAUCGGUUCUGACGACCAUUCACAGCACCACCAUCCUCUUGUAUCGGAGCUUUCCCUUUAACCCCUUCAUAUCUCAAACCAUCAACCCCCUCAGCUUUUUUUUGCUUCUCUUUUCUGGUCUUGUCCCACCUGGAUUUUCAUCGUUAUUACUGUGAUUAUAAUUGCACUUUUGCCUUCUUGAAAAGAAAGGUUUUCUCUUAUAUCAUCGAUUUCCCCGUUUCUUCACUAUCCUCACCUCCCUCUUCUUGCCUCUCUUUUAUAUCUCAUGUACUAACAAAAUGUCUAGAUCAAGUCUAUGAAAAGUCCAACCAUCCUUCAUCAUCAUCUUCCAAAAUAUGAACAAAACUCUUAGCCAUGUGUAUCACCAUCUACUUCUACAAUCAAAACCAGAACUUUGAACUCUAUCUUAUGACUUCCAUUUGCCAACCCAGUGUAGUUUCGUUGACACAAGUUAAAAAAUCACCCACAUGUAUCGUUGAUUUUCUUACUUGUUUAAAUCGGAGUUGUUUAGGUAUCAUGUUGAUCAUGCUGUCAGACUCCUGUCAAGUAUACACGCACACAGCAAUAUGACCAGGUGAAACAUAAACAAAGA